AUGUUGGAGCUAGCUGCUGUGGGACUGAGCAAUCGAUUGCCGUACUUCAUAAAUUAUUUCUUUGACACAUACCUGUUGAUCAAUGAAGAUACUCCAGUGGGUUCGUCAGUGACCCAGUUGCUUGCCCGGGACCUUGAUAAUGAUCCUCUUGUAUUUGGAGUGGUCGGGGAGGAAGCUAGCCGAUUCUUUGCAGUGGAAAGCAUGACUGGAGUUGUGUGGCUCCGACAACCUCUAGACAGAGAGACCAAGUCAGAAUUCACAGUUGAGUUUUCUGUCAGUGACAGCCAAGGGGUGAUCAAGGGUUCGGUGAAUAUCCAAGUUGGAGAUGUGAACGACAAUGUUCCAAGGUUUCACAAUCAGCCGUAUAGUGUUCGUAUUCCUGAGAAUACACCAGUGGGAACUCCAAUUUUCAUAGUGAAUGCCACUGAUCCAGACCAAGGGGCAGGCGGUAGUGUGCUUUACUCUUUCCUGCCUCCAUCCAACUUCUUUGUUAUCGACAGUGGCCGUGGCAUUGUGUCAGUCAUCCGAGUACUGGAUUAUGAAGUCACUCAGGCCUACCAGCUUCAAGUCAAUGCGACAGACCAAGAUAAAACCAAACCUCUUUCCACUCUGGCUAAUCUUGCGAUCACCAUCACAGAUGUGCAAGAUAUGGACCCAAUUUUCAUCAACCUGCCCUACAGUACGAACAUCUAUGAGAACUCUCCUCCGGGUACAACUGUACGUAUGAUAACUGCAAUUGAUCAGGACAAAGGACGGCCGAGAGGUAUUGGAUACACCAUAGUGUCAGGCAAUACCAACAGUCUCUUUGCACUGGACUACAUCAGUGGUGCUUUAACUCUGAAUGGGCCACUAGACCGAGAAAAUCCUUUCUACAGUGCUGGAUUCAUUCUUACAGUGAAGGGCACAGAGCUGAAUGAUGACCGCUCACCAUCCAAUGCAACCGUGAUGACCACCUUCAACAUUCUUGUCAUUGACAUAAAUGACAAUGCUCCUGAGUUCAACAGUUCUGAGUACAGUGUGGCUAUCCCUGAACUGGCCCAGGUUGGCUUUGCUCUUCCACUUUUCAUCCAAGUGCAGGAUAAGGAUGAGGGGCUCAACAGCAUUUUUGAAGUUUACUUGGUGGGAAACAACUCCAACCAUUUCAUCAUCUCCCCCACUUCAAUUCAAGGAAAGGCAGACAUCAGGAUUAGAGUUGCAGUGCCACUGGAUUUUGAGACAAUCUCCCGCUAUGACUUUUCUCUGUUUGCAAAUGAGAGUGUGCCAGACCAUGUUGGCUUUGCACGGGUGAAAAUUAACCUCAUCAAUGAGAAUGACAACCGUCCCAUUUUCAGCCAAGUUCUGUACAAUAUCAGCCUGUUUGAAAAUGUCACCAUGGGAACCACAGUGCUGAAGGUUCUGGCAACAGACAAUGAUGUGGGCUCUUAUGGAAAAGUCAGCUAUUAUUUUAGUGAUGAUCCUGACAGAUUCUCAUUGGACAAGGAUACAGGUGUAAUCACAUUGAUUGCUCGGCUGGACUUCGAGACAACUCAGCGUUAUACACUGACUGUGAUUGCCAGAGAUGGAGGUGGGGAAGAGACAACAGGGAGAGUCCGGAUUAAUGUCCUAGAUGUCAAUGAUAACAUCCCCACUUUCCAGAAGGAGUCCUAUUUGGGAGCUUUGAGGGAAAAUGAGCCUUCAGUCACUCAGGUGGUCCGUGUGAGGGCAUCAGAUGAAGAUUCUCCUCCAAACAAUCAGAUCACCUACAGCAUUGUCAAUGCUUCAGCAUUCCAAAGUUACUUUGAUAUCACUUUGUCUGAAGGAUAUGGAGUGAUAAGUGUUAUCCGACCUUUGGAUUAUGAGCAAGUUUCCAAUGGCGUUAUUUACUUAGUUGUAAUAGCUAAGGAUGCAGGUAUCCCAGCACUCAACAGCACCGUCCCCAUCACCAUCGAGGUCUUUGAUGAAAAUGACAACCCACCCACAUUCAGCAAGCCUUCCUAUGUCAUUACAGUCAUGGAAGAUAUUAUGGCAGGUGCAACAGUGCUAUUCCUAAAUGCCACUGAUUUGGACCGAUCAAGAGAAUAUGGUCAGGAAUCCAUAAUCUUUUCCUUGGAAGGCUCCUCACAUUUUCGGAUUAAUGCUCGCUCAGGGGAAAUCACCACAACAUCUCUUCUGGAUCGGGAAGCUAAAUCAGAGUAUAUACUUAUUGUGCGGGCAGUGGAUGGUGGUGUGGGUCACAACCAGAAAACAGGCAUUGCCACUGUAAACAUCACUUUGCUGGACAUUAAUGAUAACUAUCCCGUAUGGAAAGAUGAACCCUACUUCAUUAACCUUGUGGAAAUGACCCCUCCCAAUUCUGAUGUCACCACGGUGGCAGCCUUUGACCCAGACCUAGCAGAAAAUGGUUCCCUUGUGUACAGCAUCAGACCACCAAAUAAAUUCUACAAUCUUAACAGUACCACAGGGAAGAUUCGGACAACAGGAGUUAUACUGGACAGAGAGAAUCCAAAUCCCCAGGAAGCUGAGCUCAUGAGGAAGAUUGUGGUUUCUGUUACUGAUCGUGGGAGACCACCCUUACGGGCCACGAGUAGUGCCACUGUGUUUGUCAACUUGCUGGACCUCAACGACAAUGACCCCACUUUCCAGAACUUACCUUUUAUCACGGAGAUUCCUGAGGGUCUUCCAGCAGGAUCAUCCGUCUUCCAGGUAGUAGCCAUUGACCUUGAUGAAGGCCUGAAUGGUCAAGUGACGUACCGUAUGCAGGUGGGAAUGCCAAGGAUGGACUUCCUUAUCAACAGCAGCACUGGCCUUAUAAACUCCACAGCUGUUCUGGACCGGGAGAGGAUCGCUGAGUACUACCUGCGGGUGGUGGCAAGUGAUGCCGGAGUACCGUCCAAGAGUUCCACCAGCACUCUCACUGUCAGAGUUUUGGAUGUGAAUGAUGAGAACCCUACCUUCUUCCCAGCUGUCUACAAUGUAUCACUUCCAGAAAAUAUUCCUCGUGAUUUCAAGGUGGUUCGCCUGAACUGCACGGAUGCUGAUGUGGGUCUCAAUGCAGAGCUCAGUUAUUUCAUCACAGGUGGAAACCAGGAUGGGAAGUUCAGUGUUGGUUUUAGAGAUGGAGUAGUUAGAACAGUCGUCAGUUUGGAUAGAGAGACUGUGCCAUCCUAUACCCUCAUCCUCGAGGCCAUUGAUAAUGGCCCCACAGGCAAGCGGAGGACUGGAACAGCUGCUGUGCAUGUCACUGUGCUGGAUGUUAAUGACAAUCGGCCCAUCUUCCUUCAGAGCAGCUAUGAGGCUACUGUCCCUGAGGACAUCCCAGACUACAGCAGCAUAGUACAGGUGAAAGCUACAGAUGCAGAUGAAGGUGUGAAUGGCCGCGUGUGGUACAGGAUUGUCAAAGGAAACACUUACAACAAUUUCCGGAUCAACCCGAGCAGUGGACUGGUCAUGCGGGGCUUACGGCCCCUGGACAGAGAACGCAAUUCUUCCCAUGUCCUGGAAGUGGAGGCCUACAACAGUGAGCAAGGACCAAUGAGAAGCUCUGUUAGGGUAAUAGUGUAUGUAGAAGAUGUCAAUGACGAAGUGCCUGUAUUUACGCAGAGGCAGUAUAACCGGCUGGGGUUGCGAGAGACUGCUGGGAUAGGGACAUCUGUUGCAGUGGUCCGGGCAACAGAUCGAGAUACAGGAAAUGGAGGUCUGAUGAAUUAUAAAAUUGUCUCAGGCUCUGAAGGAAAGUUUGAAAUUGAUGAGAGCACAGGCCUCAUUACCACAAUUGACUACCUGGAUUAUGAGACAAAAACCAGUUACCUGAUGAAUGUUUCAGCCACUGAUCAAGCACCCCCCAAAAACCAAGGCUUCUGCAAUGUCUAUGUCAGCCUCCUGAAUGAACUGGAUGAGGCUGUGCAGUUCUCAAACGUCACCUAUGAAGCAGUGAUCACAGAGAACAUCCCCUUGGGCUCUGAAGUGCUGAGAGUCCAGGCACGCUCCAUUGACAAUCUCAAUCAAAUCACAUACAAAUUUGACCCCAACACUAAUGCCCAAGCUCUGUCUUUGUUCAAGAUCAAUGGAAUCACUGGUGUGAUCACAGUCAAAGGACAAGUUGAUCGUGAGAAGGGAGAUUUCUACACCCUAACGGUUGUAGCAGAUGAUGGCGGUCCAAAGCUUGACUCAACUGUGGUUACCAUCACCAUCUUGGAUGAGAAUGACAACAGCCCACAGUUUGAUAUUACUUCUGACUCAUCUGUGAGUGUACCAGAGGAUAGUUCUGUUGGACGACGGAUAGCUUUGGUCUUGGCCAGAGACCCUGAUGCAGGAAGCAAUGGGCAGGUGGCUUUUUCUAUAGUGUCGGGAAACAUAGGCAGGGCCUUUGAAAUCCGUACAACCAAUAACACCUAUGGAGAAGUAUUUGUGGCCAAAUCGUUGGACCGAGAACUGAUAGAGCACUACACCUUAAAGAUUCAGGCAGCUGACAGAGGUAUCCCACUUCGUAGAAAAGAGCACACCUUAAGGGUUAAUAUAUUGGAUGCUAACGAUAACCCGCCUGUCAUUACAAACCCAUAUGGAUACAAUGUUAGCGUGAAUGAGAACGUGGGUGGAGGCACUGCUGUGGCUCAGGUGCGAGCAACUGACAGGGACAGUGGCCUCAACAGUGUCCUUUCCUACUACGUCAUUCAUGGGAAUGAGGAGAUGACCUUCCGCAUGGACAGAGUGACUGGGGAAAUUGCCACUCGCCCUUCCCCUCCAGAUCGUGAGAGGCAACAGUUUUACCAGCUGGUGGUUGCUGUGGAGGAUGAAGGCAACCCAGCCCUUUCGGCUACUACUACAGUGUAUGUAAGCAUCUUGGAUGAGAAUGACAAUGCCCCAGUGUUCCAGCAGCAGCAGUAUGAAGUGACACUUGAUGAAGGCCCAGGCAUGCUCAAUGCCAUCCUUAUCACCAUCAGUGCAGUGGAUCUGGAUGAAGGACUGAAUGGCACAGUUACGUAUUCCAUCACAGAGGGCAACAUCAUGGGCACCUUCCACAUAAACCGCACUACGGGACAAAUCCGCACAGUUAAAGAACUGGACUAUGAAAUAAGCCAUGGGCGCUACACUCUGAUAGUCACAGCCACAGACCAAUGUCCAAUCCCUUCGCGCCGUCUCACCUCCACCACAACGGUAUUAGUAAACUUGAAUGACAUCAAUGACAAUCAACCAACUUUCCCACGUUCUUACGAGGGGCCCUUUGACAUCACAGAAGGCCAGCCAGGUCCAAGAGUGUGGACUUUCCUGGCUCAUGACGGAGACUCGGGGCCGAGUGGACAAGUGGAGUACAGCAUCAUAGCAGGGGACCCCCUUGGAGAAUUUGUGAUCUCUCCAGUGGAAGGGGAGCUACGAGUGCGAAAAGAUGCUGAGCUUGAUCGAGAGAACAUUGCUUUCUAUAACCUCACAAUUGCUGCCAAGGAUAGAGGGGUACCUCCUCUCAGCUCCACCGUCAUGGUGGGUGUGCGGGUUCUGGACAUUAAUGAUAAUGACCCAGUGCUCCUGAACUUGCCAAUGAAUCUCACUGUCAGCGAAAAUGCACCCAUCUCGAGCCCUGUCACCCGCAUCUUUGCCAAUGAUGCUGACAGUGGCCGGAACUCUCUUUUAACUUUUAGCAUCACAGCAGGGAAUAUAGAUAGCGCCUUCUAUAUCAAUGGCACGACUGGCAUUGUGUGUGUAAACCGCCCACUGGAUAGAGAAUUGGUGCCAGAGUACAAAUUGACUGUGACAGUGAAGGACAACCCAGAAAAUGCACGGAAUGCGAGGCGGGAUUUUGACCUGCUAGUGAUUUCAGUAGCAGAUGAAAACGAUAACCACCCACUCUUCACUCAGAGUUCUUACCAGGCUGAGGUGCUCGAGAACUCCCCCCCAGGAACUCACAUCACAGUGCUUAAUGGACCAAUUCUAGCUUUGGACCGUGACCAGGGUAUCAAUGCAGUAGUGACAUACCAGCUGCUUGGGAUGGCAAAAGACCUUUUCAUCAUCAACAACAGAACAGGUGUCGUUCUGGUGAAGCCAGGCCGGUUAAUAGACAGAGAAGCCUUCCUGAAUCCAGUUCUGGAGUGUCUACUGCUUGCAGUGGAUGUUGGCAAGCUGAACAGCACAGCUAGGCUCACAUUGACUAUCCUGGAUGAUAAUGACAACAGGCCAGUCUUUCACCCAUCAGCCUUGACUGUUCGAGUGCUGGAAAACAUCUCUCCAGGUUUUUCUGUCCUUCAGGUAACAGCAACUGACAAAGAUAAUGGCCUCAACCAACAGCUGAGCUACCGGAUUGAGAGUGGAGCUCAAGACAAGUUCUUGAUCGACAGCGACACCGGGGUGAUCAGUGUGGCCAACACCACUAUAGACCGAGAAGAAAAGGACAACUACCGGUUGACAGUGGUUGCCGUGGAUCGGGGUACACCCCCCCUCUCUGGCACAGCCACUGUGAGUAUCCUCAUUGAUGACAUCAAUGAUUCUCAGCCAGAGUUCAUCAACCCCAUCCAGACGGUCAGCGUGCCUGAGUCUGCUGCCCUAGGCACAAUUGUUGCUGAGGUAACAGCAAUAGACAGAGACCUCAAUCCCCGGUUGGAAUACUACCUCAUUGAAAUCAUGGCCAAAGAUGACGCUGAUGCUCUUGUGCCAGACCAGCAGGCUGCUUUUGCAGUGGAUUUUAAAACAGGUGCUGUGAAAGUUAAGUCGACUCUAAAUAGGGAGCUGGUGGCCACAUAUGAGGUCACAAUUUCUGUCUUUGACAAUUCCAGUGAUGUGGUUGAUCGCUCAGUUAGUGUGCCAAAUGCAAAGCUGACAGUAAAUGUAUUAGAUGUCAAUGAUAAUGCUCCUCGGUUCCGCCCUUUUGGGACAACAUUUUUCACAGAGAGGAUCCUGGAAGGGGCCACUCCAGGGACCACCUUGAUAUCUGUGUCAGCUGUAGAUCCAGACAAGGGUGCUAAUGGACAGAUCACCUAUGAAUUACUCAACCUUUCUCCUGAGGGAUAUGUCCAGCUUGAAGACAUCUCAGCAGGAAAGGUAGUUUCUAACAGGACGGUGGACUAUGAAGAAGUACAGUGGUUGAACUUCACUGUUCGGGCUUCAGACAAUGGGUCGCCACGGAGAUCAGCUGAGAUUCCAGUGUAUCUAGAAAUUGUAGAUGUCAAUGAUAAUAACCCCAUCUUCAGUCAGCCCUCCUACCAGAAACCUGUCUUUGAGGAUGUCCCUUUGGGCUCUGUCAUCUUGAGGGUCCGAGCCACUGAUGCCGACUCUGGACGCUUUGCCCUUCUCCAGUACAGUCUGGGAGAUGGGGAGGGCAAGUUUGGGAUCAACCCGAACACGGGGGAUAUCUACAUUCUAUCGGCCCUGGACCGAGAAAAAAAAGAUCAUUAUACAUUGACGGCUGUAGCCAGAGACAAUCCAGGUGACAUUUCUAGUAACCGCCGAGAGAACUCUGUGCAGGUCUUGAUUACGGUCCUGGACAUCAAUGACUACCGGCCUCAGUUUGCCAAAAAGCAAUUCAGCACCAGUGUGUAUGAAAAUGAGCCAGCAGGAACCUCUGUGAUCACCAUGACUGCUACUGACCUUGAUGAGGGAGACAAUGGAAUAGUGGCAUACAAUAUCGAAGGACCUGGAGUAGAGGCCUUCAAAAUUCAUAAGGACUCAGGGCUCAUAACAACUCGCAGGCGUCUGCAGUCUUAUGAGAGGUUUAACCUGACAGUGGUAGCUACUGACAAGGGAACUCCACCACUCUGGGGGACUACCAUGCUGCAGGUGGAUGUCACUGAUAUCAACGAUAAUCGACCAACAUUUGUCCGACCCCCCAAUGGUACUAUCUUGCACAUUAAAGAGGAAAUCCCUCUGCGAUCCAAUGUGUAUGAAGUCUAUGCCACUGACAAGGAUGAGGGCCUCAAUGGAGCUGUGCAGUACAACUUACUCAAAACUGGUGCAGGGAAUAAAGACUGGGAGUACUUCACCAUCGACUCUAACAGUGGGCUGAUCCAGACAGCAAUGAGGCUGGACCGAGAGAAGCAAGCUGUGUAUAAUUUGAUCAUUGUGGCGUGUGAUCAAGGCCAACCACCGUAUGAGACCAUGCAGCCCCUCCAGGUGGCAUUGGAUGAUAUUGAUGACAAUGAACCUAUCUUCCUGAAGCCGCCUAGAGGAAGUCCCCCAUACCAGGUUCUUUCUGUUCCUGAACACUCACGUCCUGGCACUGUUGUGGGGAAUGUCACUGGAGCAGUGGAUGCUGAUGAAGGCUCCAAUGCCAUUGUCUAUUACUUCAUUGCAGCUGGUAACAAAGAGAACAAUUUCCAGCUGAGUAGGGAAGGGAAGUUGCAGGUGUUACGAGACAUGGACAGAGAGAAAGAACCCUUCUACUCUAUCGUAGUGAAAGCGUCUAGUAAUAAGAACUGGGCACCACCUCGGGGUCACCGUGCAGCCAGGUUCCAAACCAUGGACCUCAGCACUGAUCCUACCUUGCAGGAUGUACGGAUCUUUCUGGAUGAUAUUAACGACCAGCCUCCCCGGUUCACCAAGUCAGAAUAUACAGCAGGAGUUGCAACUGAUGCCAAGGUGGGUUCUGAGCUUAUCAAGCUUACAGCACUUGAUGCUGAUGUAGGAAAUAAUAGCCUGGUCUUGUACAGCAUUUUGGGGAUCCGCUACAUCAAACAACACUCCAACGACUCUGAAGAGGUAGCCAACAUCUUCAGCAUUGGUAAUUUAGAUGGGAUCCUUCGAACAUUUGAUCUCUUCACUGCCUACAACCCUGGCUACUUUGUGGUAGAUGUCAUGGCUUCAGACCUGACUGGUCACAAUGACACUGCUGUUGUGGGAAUUUACAUCCUGCGGGAUGAUCAACGGGUCAAGAUCAUAAUCAACGAGAUCCCAGAUAAAGUACGGCAGUUUGAGGAGGAAUUCAUCAGCCUGUUAUCUAACAUCACAGGGGCCAUUGUCAAUACAGACGAUGUGCAGUUCCAUGUUGACAAAAAAGGCCGAGUGAACUUUGCCCAAACAGAAUUACUGAUCCAUGUGGUGAACCGGGAAACCAACCGGAUUCUGGAUGUAGAACGAGUUAUACAGAUGAUUGAUGAGAAUAAGGAGCAGCUGCGGAAUCUCUUCAGGAACUACAACGUCUUGGAUGUGCAACCAGCCAUCACAGCCAGGGCCCCCGAUGACCUCUCAGCACUGCAGAUGGCAAUAAUCAUUCUGGCUAUUCUCCUCUUCCUGGCAGCCAUGUUGUUCAUCCUCAUGAACUGGUACUACAGAACAGCACACAAAAGGAAAUUGAAAGCAAUUGUGGCUGGUUCCACAGGUAACCGAGGCUUCAUGGACAUCAUGGAUAUGCCAAACACAAAUAAAUAUUCCUUCGAUGGGCCUAGAGUGGCUGCUGAGUUCUGCUACCAGGCCAUGCUGGAAUGGCUCUGUUCUCAUAUGAAGAGCAGUUUGUGUCAGAGCUCUCUCAGCCAGUUGAUCCAGAAUGAUCUAGAUGAUGAUGAUGACCAAAGGAGUCCAAGCCAGGGGAGCCUUCGGUUCCGGCACAAGCAGCCCAUUGAGCUCAAGGGACCUGAUGGCAUCCACGUGGUCCAUGGCAGCACAGGAACCCUGCUAACCUCUGACCUCAACAGCCUUCCUGAAGAUGACCAGAAAGUGCUGGGCCGCUCUUUGGAGACGCUGACUGCAGAUGGUGGGGCAUACUGUGACAGAAAUGCCCGCACUGAGUCUGCCAAAUCCACUCCUAUGCACAAGAUGAGGGAAGUGAUCAUGGAGAGUCCCCUGGAGAUCACAGAGUUAUGA